ACGUCCUUAAAUAGCUCUCAGACGUGAUAAUCGGAUGCAGUCGACGUUCUGGAAAUAGAAAUCUUUGUCUCUUAAACAAAGCCCGUGAUAUCCUGUCCUUGUUGCCUAAAAGACCCUAGACUGGACACGCCCCGAAUACGCUCUGGAGGGGGAGUACAUAGCGGACACGUGAUUCUCACUGUUACCUCGAGGACCUUUCAGGCUCGGGUCAUUGCACAUGCCCAACACAUCGAGAGAACAACCGACCACGCUGCACAUCUACAAUUUCGGGAGUGUGUUUGGUAAUCGCAAGAUUAUCAAAGGGGAAGACAAGACCACAACUUUAUAUUUCAUGCAGAACACUCGGGGUUCGAUGCACUGGACUUUUGAUCUGCAUGCUGAUGGCUCAGAUGGUCCUCUGCUUUGUCGAGCUCAGUCUUCGUACAAUGGACCACCACUCUUGGAUGAAGUAAACCAUGGGCCUACGAUUUUAUCCAUGACUGGUAUCAAAUAUCCAGUCAAGAUGGAGAGGAAGCGUGGGGCCUUCAACGGAACGGUUUUCUUCGAGGGUCCCGACCAUAAGGAGUAUCGCUGGCAAACGACCGCGCGGCUGUUUAGUGCUGCGAUGGAGGUGCGUACAGGAGCGGGUCGGACAUCCCAGCAUUUAUCACGUAGCUCUCGUCAGUGUUUGGAUGCCGAGGACGCCCUUAUAGCGACAUAUCGUGUUACAUCCAUGUCAGUGACGAAAGAUGGUGUUCUUGUUGUUCAACCCUCGGGGAAAUUCAUGCUAGACCUGCUCGUCGCUACCAGCCUUGCGAUGCGCACACCCAAUAACUGAAAUGUCUUGUGGAUACGCCCUCUUUUACCUCUAAUUGGAAGAACUAUUCUGAAGCACGUGGUCAUUCCUUUUGUGCUAUUUUUAUUGCGCGGGUCGUAUCUUCGUAAUUCACCAGCAUCGGCAAUUUCUAUUGGUAUGCAUCCAUCUACGUACAAACA